CCAUAAACCCACAAUAUCUAAUUGUCCCUUCUCUUCUCCCUAUCACACUACUACACACAUCAUGGCUUUCUCCACUAGAAGCCCCCUCUUCUUCUUCUUCACUACACUUAUUCUUCUCUCCACUCAAAUCCAUGCUAGAGACAGCUACUUCUUUGGGAAACUCCACAGAGACUCUCUCAAAGACCAAAACCCUAACAAUGUUAUCCCUCUCGAGACCAGCGAGAAAACAACAGUAGAUGAAUCCAUCCCCAACAAGAAAGAGCAAGAACAAGAUCCUACCUUUGUCCCCGAGUCCGGAAACGGCUAUGGCUUGUAUGGUCACGAGACCACUUACAAUGACAACAAAGAAGAGUUCAACAACAACAACAAGUACGAUGACAAAGUCAACAGCAAGACUUUCUCCACUCCAAGCUUGAGCGAGACUGAGGAGUCUUUCAACAACUAUGACGAAAAGUACCCGAAGGAUACAGAGACCUACGGCAGCAACGGUUACAACAACGAAGAGUUCAACAACAACAACAACAAUAAGUACGAUACAAACUUCAAGGAAGAGUUCAACACCAACAACAAGUACGAUGAAACCCCCAAGGAAGAGUUCAACAACAAGUACGCCAAUGAAGAAUUCAACAACAACAACAACAACAACAACAACAACAACAACAACAAGUACGAUGAAAACGUGAAGGAAGAGUCUUUCUCUCAGAACAAUGGAGACAACAAGGGAAGUUUCUACAACUCUAACGCUUACGGGACAGAGCUAGAACGUGAAACGCCGUACAAAGGCUACAGCCACAAUUUAGAGAGGCAAGGCAUGAGUGACACAAGGUUCAUGGAAAAAGGUAGCUACUAUUACGACCUUUACAACGCCAGAAACCACGGCCAUUACUACCGGAAGCCUCACAGCAAACGCCCCGCCGGUUUCUAUUCAUCUCCGGCGACCGAGACUAACUACGACCAGCAAUCGUAUUCGUACGGAAACAACAACAACAACAACGAGGAGAACAGUUUUAAGGAUCCAUACAACUCCAAGUGGGAGAACGAACAGCCUGAGGAGUUUGUUGCGGGGCAAGGCACUAAUAAUCAGCUCAAGCCUUGAUGAAGAUUGUUAUUUGAUUUCCUCUCAAGACUACUAGCUACACUCUUCAGAAGCACUUUCUUUUAUUUUCAACUAAGUUAUAUUACUUAUCGUUGUUUAGUCAAAACUAUAUCGUUGUUAUCAUUGCAACAAAUUAAAAGUGAAAGGGGUUUGUGUUUUUUUAAGUUGAGGUGGGUUUGCUUUUUUAUUGGGUUUUUGAACUUUGAUGUUUGCGUUUGCAUAUAUUAUUCGGAGAAAAGAAAGAUACUAGUAUAUAUAUAUGGUGCUACUUUAUGUUAUUA